CAACGCCCAUAGGCAGUAUUCACAGCACACAUCCAUAAAAAAUAGUUGGAUUUUAAACUUGAUAAGCAGUAUUUGUGCAGUACUAUAUUGCUAACGAUUAAGGAAUGUCGUUAUCGUCACAAUUGCUACUGGAUCAUCCAUUGCUAUUUGGGUUGAGGGAAGCUUCAGGCUACUGCGACAUGGAUUGGAAAGAGACACCUGAAGCCCAUAUUUUCAAGUUUGACCUUCCAGGUCUCACAAAAGAGGACGUGAAAUUGGAGCUGCACAACGACAGAGUAGUCCGCUUAAUUACACAGGGGAAAAAUGAAAACAAUAGUAAUAAUACUGGCGUUAGGUGGCACUGCAAGGAACGCACAGAGAUAGGGAAUUUGUGUAGGAAGUUUCGAUUACCGGAUGAUGCUUUGGUGCACCAGAUUAAAGCUUCCAUGCGUGACGGAGUCCUGGUAGUGACGGUGCUUAAAGAUCAGCGCAAGUUUAAAAAGAAUAAGCACAAUAAAAUUGUUGACAUCUGCACUUGUGAUGAUGACGCAAAUGCUUCUCCUAAUUCCCCCAAAGGAAUUUCUCGCUUCUUUUGUUACAGAGCUUGAUUGGUUUAAUUUGUCAGACCUUAGUCCAUGUGUAACAAUAGUAACUGCUUCUACUUCUAAAUGAUAUUGUGAACGGACAUACACGAUAAACAUAAAUGAUACAGUUGUAAAUUGUAUAUAAGGUCUAAACUAUUUCGACAUACAAGAUAGUACAAUAUAGUCCCUCCUCAUAAAAUAAACCUUUAUUUUUAAUCUUCUAUCCAUUUUUUCUCCCUAAAAUACUAAAGUCCAAGGUCAUGAUUUU